AGAUUAGAGAUCGAAAUGCCGAGUCAGGACGAUAUGGACCUUUGUACCGAUAAGGUACUGUCUAAAGGAAGAAUACUUCAGGAAUUGACCAAAGCUGUCAAAUUGGUUUAUGCUCAAAGUUUAUAUGGUACAGUAGUCUUAGAUGGUGAUUCUUGGCUGGUCUACUGGUUAGAUCGUGCUUUACGUCAUGGACUACGUAUAGAAAGAUACGGGUAUUGGGGUACUGCUCGUGAUCUCAGUCAUCAAGAUACUGUUGUUGUAAUUCAUGCUCUUCAAAGUGUAUUAACUUCCAUUGGAAAAGGCAGGGCAUGGCUUUACCAUACUCUUAGCGAAGGGAGCUUUGAAAGCUAUUUAGCUUGCUUAUUACGAGAUACAAAAACAUUAAAGAAACAAUAUUUUGCACAUGCACUUGUUCGGGAUGCAGAUAAAACUAACCAGUUAGUUGAUCUCCUUGCUGGAUUAGAAAAUGUAUCCUUCACAUUGCAACUGGAUGUCACAUAUCUGGACAUUUGCAAUUAUAUGCCUCAAAGGCCUAUGAGUGUGAACCCUUCUGGAACUAUAUUAUCAUUACAUCUCAGAUCAUCUAGUGUUUCCUCGAGCUUAGCUUCUCCUGGGGACAGUGGAGUUGCUUUCGACAGUGACAUGGAUCUUGCAAAUGAAACAGAUGCCAGUAGUUACAAGGAGGAAGAUUUUCACCCCGAAGAUGCCCCGAGGUAUCGGAAUAAUAGGUACAAAGCAAUGAUGAAUAAUUGCAUAGAGGACAAUAAAAAUUUCAGUUCUAGUGAUUCCAGCGAGGAUGGAAAGACACCUACACAGUCACCUGGAAUGGUUACUAAAUUUCAAAAUGCGAUGGUGACAACAAGCGAUAUUGCGAAUCAGAAUUUAACCAGAAUAAAACCAGACGACAAUGAGCUUAAUUGUUCCAGUUUGGACACUUUAAAAGAUUACGAUUUUUACAGUAAGAGCCUAGACGAGUCGAAGUUAGAUAAGAUAAAUAAUAAAAUUGACAACGGUGUUAAGGAAUUAAAUAAAAGAAGCAGCUAUUACAGCGACGGUAGUUACAGUUUUAAAAGGAAUAUUAAUCCUCGAAAUUCAUAUGUGAUUAACAAUGAUACGAAUCUCUUGGAACUUAGCAUGACUAUUUCAGAUUGUGAGAACAUAGAUCCACCAUAUGGUAUUUUGAAUACUAUCAAUAUGACAGACGCUAGUAUUUUGUCGUCUUCCAGCUCAGAUGCUAUAGUGCAACGAAGGCAACGUAAAAAGAAACGCGGGGAGAAUAAGAAGCGCGUUAGUUUUCACGAAGAUAUUUUGAAGACUAUGAAGUUGGAUGAUGACGAGAGUUAUGCUGACUUUUCCAUGAGUUUCUUAACACCUAAUUCAGUUCAAAAGAAGGAUGCGCAAAAAGGAAGAUAUAGUUGGUGCGCUCAUGGAGAUUCUCCUUAUGUUCAAAAGAAUAUCAAUACGAGAAAUGCACAUUCGGAUUAUUAUUCAUACUCUUCGUCAUCGAGUGUAUUCGACAGCGAUUGUGACAAGACAGGAUCGUCAAAGACUUGUGAACAAUUACCGUGUCAGAGCAAUUGCAAGUGUGCUUGUGGGUUGUCGAUUUCGGAACGGGGUGUGCCGGAGGGUCAGGAAGAUCCUGGCAAAGCACUUAGACCAAAAAUGGAUAUUGAAUUGGGAGAAAAUGAAGCACAAGAAGCGUAUGUCAUUGAGAAAGAAUGUGGAAAUAUCGUAGAAGAUCCGCCGUCGAAAGAUCAAAUGCCUUGCCCUUCUAAUUCGAAAAAGUAUAAUAGUUCUAGCGAUUGGUCGGACGUAGAUAGUACUGCUAUGUCAGAUGUGGACGAACGUAAAAAUAGUAGACACUUAGCAUCGCCGUCAAAAAAGCGUAGCAUCACAUCGAUAUUAACCGGAGAAAAUAGUAAUAAAUUACUGACGCCACCUUUAAAGCAAGCUUCGUCUAAAACCUCGUUAUUGAGUAGAUUUUUAAAAUCUAUCACGGAGAGGAAGUUUGAAGUUAAAAGAAGCAAAAAGUCUCAGAAAACGGAUCCAUUGUAUAUCAAAGGUGUGAAAACGAGCUAUGAUUCUUUUAAAGAUUUUAAUGACAACCUUGAACGAGAAAUACAAGAAAACGUAGCAGCGGAAAAGCAAGAAUUCAGCGGAGAAAAAGUUAGCCUCAAGUUACGAGAACAUUUUAAGAAGCACAUUUAUAGGGAUAAAACGGAAGAAUUAUAUAAAGUAUAUAAAGUUAGGAGUUCGUACAUGACAAAUGGAGAAAGCAAACCGAUGAUCGCUUUAUUAACAGACAAAACAUUAUAUUUAACAGGUUCGAAAACGGAUCACACUUACAGUAAUCAAUUCGUUAUUCCUUAUAACGAGUUGGAUGCUAUUAUGGUUGGACCAAAUGCACAAACAAUUCUAUUAUCCAAUGCAGAUUAUGAGAUGCAGUAUCUGUUUUCUACGGGAAGUUCCCAAACCACUUCGGAAUUAAUUGCCCACUUAGAGAUGGCUAUGAGGCGGUCUCCGAUAAAACCCAACCUUCCAGCGGUUAAAGAAUUAAGCUAUGACGACAUGCAUAUUUUAAAGCAUUCAGUUCUUUACGAUACUGCUGUUCAUCCUGAUGAAAAAAUCGAACACUAUAAUCUUAUUUACAUGGAAGAUGAACACAUCUCACCACCUAGUUCGCCGUGCAGUCCGACAAAACAGGGUGAUCUUAUGUAUAGACCACAUAUUUAUCAACAACUUCAUCCUAACGCACCAAUUAACCCAUGGGAAGCUGGAUAUUUUGUACUCAAGGGUGGCGUUGUUUAUAUGUUCACGGAUGAAAAUCAACGACUACCAAAACGAGCCAUCCCACUGAAAGGCGGUCUUUGUCAAGGAUGUCGAAGAAUUCCCAAUUCCCAUCGUCCUCAUACGUUUGAAAUACUUUUAAAACCGAAUAAAGCUUUUCAAUUCGCCGCUCCAGACGAAUAUGUUGCAUCCGAAUGGUUACAAAGCUUUGUUCAAAGCGCAUCUGGAUUGUUCGACUCUAUAGAAAAGAGGGGACCCAUACCAUGUAGCUUUAUUACAACUACGAAACACUUAGUUGCUAUGAAAGAAGUGUUUCCCGGUAAAGAACGGGGACAAACACUUGCUUGUGCCUCUGUAGAAGAUCUCAUAGCCUUUAGAGUACCUUUAACUCAGCAAUCUUGGUGCAUACUGGAAUUCGCAUGUCGAGAAGUACACGAAAGUAUUGGUGACUGGGUCAUAUACUUUACAAAUUAUAACGAAUUGUGUACCUUUAGAGAAAUUUUAGAAACAUUAUGGGCUGGUGCAAAUUUGGGUGAAUUUCCUAUGGUAACGCUACCACCAGAAGAUAAACUUCAUCGACGUUGCUCAGAUGCCAGUAAAGAGUUAGAGCUUGCAUGGCGAUAUUUACUACCUUCAGUAAUCGACUAAAUAGUAAGAAGCGCUGAUAGAGAAUAGCUAUCGCAACGUCAUAUUAAGUAAUAGAAAUUCACAAAACAAAUAUUUGACGAACCAAUUCAUACGAUAUAAAUAUACAGU